GAACCGGACGGUACGUGACGAUGCCGGUUCAAACUACCCAAUCAGGUGUCAAGUUGAAGGCAUGGGCGGAGCCUCAGCGACCAAUGGGUGCGCUGGACACUGCGAAGUGCGGGGGGCGUUAGUGAUUUCAAACCCCGCUGAGGAGCAGCCCGGGCUUCGCCGCCCCGGCUCAGGGAUUACUGUAACUAUAAGAGCCUGAGGCACAAUGGGAGAUGAUAGUGAGUGGAUGAAACUGUCCAUUGACCAGAAAUGUGAACACAAGCUGUGGAAAGCCAGAGUGAAUGGCUAUGAAGAAGCUCUGAAGCUUUUUCAGAAAAUAGAAGAUGAGAAAAGCCCUGAAUGGUCCAAAUAUCUGGGCCUAAUAAAGAAAUUUGUGACAGAUUCCAAUGCGGUGGCUCAGUUGAAAGGAUUAGAAGCAGCACUUGCCUAUGUUGAAAAUGCUCAUGUAGCAGGAAAGACAACAGGAGAAGUUAUUUCUGGAGUUGUAAAUAAGGUGUUCAAUCAGCCUAAAGCCAGAGCAAAGGAGUUGGGUAUAGAUAUAUGUUUAAUGUAUAUAGAAAUUGAGAAGGGGGAGCCUGUACAAGAAGAGCUGCUAAAAGGCUUGGACAACAAGAACCCUAAGAUUAUAGUAGCAUGUAUAGAGACAUUGAGGAAAGCACUGAGUGAUUUUGGUUCAAAAAUAAUCUCACUAAAGCCAAUUAUCAAAGUGUUGCCAAAACUCUUUGAGUCUCGAGAGAAGGCUGUCCGAGAUGAAGCCAAACUCCUUGCUGUAGAGAUCUACCGCUGGAUAAGAGAUGCUCUGAGACCACCAUUACAGAACAUAAACUCAGUUCAGCUAAAAGAACUGGAAGAAGAAUGGGUCAAGCUGCCACCAGCAGCUCCCAAACAGACCAGAUUCCUGCGUUCCCAGCAAGAGCUAAAAGCAAAGUUUGAGCAGCAGCAAGCAGCUGGAGGGGAUGCGGAUGGAGGAGGAGAUGAUGGGGAUGAGGUUGUCCCACAGGUGGAUGCUUAUGAGCUACUGGAAGCUGUGGAGAUUCUUUCCAAACUUCCCAAAGACUUUGAUGACAAAAUAGAAGCCAAAAAGUGGCAAGAGAGGAAAGAAGCUCUGGAAGCUGUUGAAAUGCUGGUGAAGAAUCCCAAAUUGGAAGCAGGAGACUAUGCAGACUUGGUGAAAGCUCUUAAGAAGGUUGUUGGAAAAGACACAAAUGUCAUGUUGGUUGCUUUGGCUGCCAAAUGCCUUGCUGGACUGGCUACGGGCCUCAGAAAGAAAUUUGGUCAAUAUGCAGGACAAGUUGUCCCAACUAUCCUGGAGAAGUUUAAAGAGAAGAAACCUCAGGUUGUGCAGGCCUUGCAGGAAGCUAUAGAUGCAAUCUUCCUUACAACUACAUUGCAGAACAUAAGUGAGGAUAUUUUGGCUGUGAUGGACAACAAAAACCCCACAAUCAAGCAACAGACAUCCCUGUUCAUUGCAAGAAGCUUUCGUCACUGUACACCUUCCACCCUGCCAAAGAGCCUGCUAAAACCCUUCUGUGCUGCUCUUCUUAAGCAUAUCAAUGACUCUGCCCCUGAAGUUAGAGAUGCUGCAUUUGAAGCCUUAGGAACUGCUCUGAAGGUGGCUGGAGAGAAAGCUGUGAACCCUUUCUUAACAGACGUGGACAAACUCAAACUUGAUCGGGUUAAAGAGUGCGCUGAAAAGGUGGAGCUGGCUUACGGUAAGAACACAGGUGGAGGAGCAGUCGAUAAAAAGGAAUGCAGACCUGCAGCUGGAAAGACUCUCGUUCUUUCGGGGGCUGCAGGGGACAAGGAUACAAAAGAUACUUCAGCCAAAUCAGGGCCUCUGAAAAAGAUGCCUGCUGCCAAGUCUGGGGGCCCUCCGAAGAAAGGCAAGCCAGCAGCUGCUGCUGGUGCAGGAGGUGCUGGAACUAAAGGCAAGAAAGGAUCUGAGACCAAAGAGAUAUUUGAACCUGAACUCUCGAUAGAAGUGUGCGAAGAGAAAGCAUCAGCUGUCCUGCCAGCCUCUUGCAUACAGCAGCUAGACAGUGGUAACUGGAAGGAAAGGCUUGCCUGCAUGGAAGAGUUUCAGAAGGCUGUUGAACUGAUGGAGAGAAGUGAAAUGCCUUGCCAGGCUCUGGUGAGGAUGCUAGCCAAGAAACCUGGGUGGAAGGAAACUAACUUUCAGGUAAUGCAAAUGAAGCUUCACAUAGUUGCCCUGAUUGCGCAGAAGGGGAACUUCUCCAAAACGUCUGCACAGAUUGUGCUGGAUGGUCUUGUGGAUAAGAUUGGUGACGUGAAAUGUGGAAGUAAUGCAAAAGAAGCAAUGACAGCAAUAGCAGAAGCAUGUCUGUUGCCAUGGACUGCUGAACAGGCUAUGUCCAUGGCUUUCUCUCAGAAGAAUCCUAAAAACCAGUCGGAAACCUUGAACUGGCUCUCAAAUGCAAUUAAAGAGUUUGGCUUUUCAGGGUUGAAUGUGAAAGCUUUCAUCAGCAACGUAAAGACUGCUCUUGCUGCUACUAAUCCAGCUGUAAGGAUUGCUGCUAUUACCUUGUUGGGCGUCAUGUAUUUGUAUGUGGGACCCCCAUUGCGAAUGUUCUUUGAGGAUGAAAAGCCAGCUCUUCUCUCCCAGAUAGAUGCAGAAUUUGAAAAGGUAAGAACCCUGCAAGCCCUAAUUCUCUUAAGAUACAGCUAUUAGUACUAACUUCAUUAUGGUGCCAUUUGCAUUUCUUAGAACUCUUAAGUAGUCUGGCCCUUUAUUGGGAUUUCUGGAUAGCUGAUUAGAAGUAUGCAACUUCACUAUGCUUUGCAGGACACUUUAGCCACCCAAGUGGGAUCAUGGCUGUUCUGGCCUUGAAUAAACAAUGGUUCUUCG